UCGACGGUUUGGCUACACGCAUACAGAUGUCAGCAGAGUUUCUCAAUCUGUCACAUUUCUAGGUGGAGUGUAUUCUGAGAAAGGAAAAAUCUGGACACUGCUGCUGGGAUAUUUUUUCCAUUCCCCCCUAUUUUAUAUCCAUUUUAAUGAACUUCCGAUGCAUCUUUUUAUAUUGAGACGCAAAGUUAUACUCAACCCGAUAUAUCUUUAAGUGUUUUUUUAGCUUUACUUCAGCCUAGGCUUGGAACAACACCCAUGCACUUGUGUCCAAAGUUACCAUGCUAAACCCCGCUAGCCUCUGCUACUUAACGUAGCUAUGCUUUGUGUAGGGCGGCUAAAAGAACUGUAGACGUAGAAGGAGCGCAGAGCUUGUUUGGGCGAAGAAGUUUGAGUAUUUGUUAGAAAUCCCGUUUAUCUUAAGUCGAAGCCGUCCAUCUGUCAGACAGAGGAGAUGGGACUACACCCGCUGGAAUUUAGUGAGUGCUAUCUGGACAGCCCGAGCUUCAGGGAGAAAAUAAAGGCGCACGAAGCAGAGCUGGACAAAACCAACAGGUUUAUCAAAGAGCUGUACAAAGAUGGAAAGAACCUCAUCAAUGCGACCAAGCAGCUCGGCAUGGCACAGCGAAAGUUUGCCCAGUGCCUUGGAGAGUUUCAGUUUGAGUAUAUUGGAGACGCAAAGACAGAUGAUGAAAGAUGCAUCGAUGAGUCUGUGCAAGAGUUCUCUUCAUUUCUCAAAAACCUGGAGGACCAAAGGGAGCUGAUGAUGAGAAACAUCACAGAAACAUUAAUGAAACCCCUGGAAAAGUUCAGGAAAGAUCAGCUUGGAGCAGUCAGGGCGGAGAGAAAGAAAUAUGAAAAGGAAACGGAGAAGUACUACAGCUCUCUGGAAAAGCUUCUGAACAUGUCGGCAAAGAAGAAAGAACCACAACUACAAGAGGCAGACAUCCAGGUGGAAACUAUGAGGCAGCACUUUCAAGAAGAGUCUCUAGACUACGUGUGCAAGUUACAGGAGAUCCAAGAACGAAAGAAGUUUGAAUGUGUGGAACCUAUCCUGGCCUUCUUUCAGACAGUCUUCACUUUUUACCAUCAAGGCUACGAACUCGCCAAGGACUUUGAAUAUUACAAAAGAUCACUACAGAUCAGUAUUCAGAAUACAAGGAGUCGAUUUGAGGGCGCACGGUCAGAGGUAUACGAGCUGAUGAAAAGGACCAAGCAGGCGCCCCAGGAAUACAGACAGACUAGUUCCAUUAGUUGUGAAGGCUAUCUUUAUGUACAGGAAAAGCGACCGCCUCCAUUCGGCUCAAGCUGGGUCAAACGUUACUGCACAUUUGUUAAAGAGCAGAAGAUCUUACACAUGGUGACUUUUGACCACAGAUCAGGUGGAAAGAUUGGAGAGACGGAGUCUGUCACACUAAAAUCCUGUCUGCGUAAAACCACCGACACCUUGGACAGGAGAUUCUGCUUAGAACUGGAUAUAACAGAUCGGCCCGGGACGGUGUUUACAGUGCAGGCCCUGUCUGAAGAUGACUUCAAGUUUUGGAUGCAGGCCAUGGGUGGGAAGGAACCUACUGGAGGCUAUCUCGGGAGGACUCUUUCAAAAGAAAGAGGAAUCGACGCCCAGUUGGAUGAUGUGGGCUUGAAUUUUGUGAAGAAUUCUAUCAGUGCGAUUGAAGUGCGAGGAAUUAAUGACCAAGGCCUGUACAGAAUUGGGGGGGUGAGCUCCAAAGUUCAAAAGCUUCUAUCACUAAUGAUCGAUGAGAAGAGCAAAGAAGUGGAUCUUUCCGCCAGUGAAGACUGGGAUAUUAAGACAAUAACAAGUGCGCUGAAGCUUUAUUUGAGGAGCCUGCCAGAGCCUCUGAUGACCUAUGGACUUUACAAGGAGUUCAUCAGCCUUGCGAAGGGGGACAGUCCUGAGUCUCGCAUCCAAGCCGUCCACUGCUUGAUUCACAAGCUCCCAGAGAGAAAUCGACAAGUCCUCGGGCUGCUUAUGAAGCAUCUGGCCAAUGUGGCAGCGCACAGCAAGCAGAAUCUGAUGACUGUGGCCAACCUGGGUGUGGUGUUUGGUCCGACAUUGAUGAGGCCGCAGGAGGAGACGGUCGCUGCCAUCAUGGAUCUAAAGUUCCAAAACAUUGUGGUUGAAAUCCUCAUGGAACACCAUGAAAAGAUUUUUACAGAUGCUCCCGAGUUAAGUUCCCCUGCCUCUAAUGAACCCGUAGCCUCUGCUCCCACAAGACAGUCCAAGAAAGUGAGUCGACAGAGCCGCCCCUUGGCUGUCUACAACCCUCAAGUCCUUGACAUUCAGAAUGCGGUGGGGAAUAAUUGCAGCCUGGCGACAGAUGAGACAUCAAUGGGCAGCAACGAGUCCGUAUCGUCCCAGUCAUCGACGGCCUCGGCCUCAGAGGUUUCUACAGAGAAGACCGAGCAUGCAACUCUGUGUUCCAGCCUGAGCUCAGGCAGCAGCUCCCGAUCCACUACAGCUGCAGCCUGUUCUUCUGCUCCUGAAGCUCCAAGUGAGAGUCCGCCUCUUGCCAGCACAGCCGCAUCAGAAAAAGACAAGGAGAAGCCAGAGGAGAGUGUCACCGGCAGGAAAGCCAAGGCGGUGUACCCGUGUGAGGCAGAGCACGACUCGGAGCUCUCCUUCCAGGCCGGUGCAAUAUUCAAUGCUGUGAUCCAGUCAAGAGAGCCGGGGUGGCUGGAGGGGGAGCUAGAGGGAAAGAGGGGCCUCAUCCCUGAAAACUAUGUGGAGAUGCUGUAAAACCAAAAAUGGAGAUAUUUAUGGACACUUUUUCAUCUUCAUCAAGGACCGUUUUAAGUGCGUUUGCUCCAUCUGGGCUCAGAGUGCUCAGAAGCCGCCAAAGCAGCACCACCGUCCAUUAUUACUAAUGAACUGUUGUGAACACACAUACACAUGAGUUUUGACUGACAAGUAGGGUUUGUGCCACACGCGCAAACCAUACAUUGAAUUUAUUUUUUAUCAACCAAAAAAAAAAAAGUCCAAAGAUGCACGAUUGUGAUGCAAAACAGGGAUUUCACUGAAGAGUGGUGUGCUAUAUAUGUAUUGCUGCAACAGCCAAGUAAUGUCACAGUGAAACAGAGGAUGGUGUCUGAGCUCCUUCUCCUCUGCCCACUUAUACAUGGUAUCCAUGAGCUCAAGGAGAGAUCCUCAGAAAUCCAAAGGAAAAAAUGUCACCGCUGUAGCUUUUCAUGGUCUCAUCCACGAGGUAGUUUUAGUUGGCGUUAAGCAUCAAAACCCAAAGCAUGCCGUGAAAAUGUCCAAGCAUUUUUGUUUUUUUGCUUUUUGCUUUGCUAUUUAAAAAAAAAUGUUUAUUGAUUAUAAAGAGGCACAUUGAUGAUAUAAUUUCCUGUCACAAUAUUUGCAUGAGAUUUUAGACACAUUUCUACUGUUUCUGUUCUUUGUGCUCUUAAUGUAGAAACACAAGCAUCAGUGUCAACAACAGCAGAAACAACAUUAAAAAACAAGUCGUUUGUGUACCGUUGCUCCUAAUAUUAAAAGAAAAAUCAAACACUCCAGUGGGGCUGACUUACAAACAUCACACCUUUUUUUUUUUUAUAAACAUAUACCUGUUGUAUUCAUUUCCUAAUCUGAGUCACGACCAAGUUUAGUUCCUUCAGGUUAUCAAUGGGUUUUAAAUUUUGUGGUUUCAAUUGGUUUUAACAUUUUGCUCAGUGUUGCAUGUCAGACCUUGUUUGCAAUGCAAAAA